AUGCUGUCGCCCCAAUUCAAUUUCCCGCCGGAGAGUUACUCCGCUGUGUUUACAGUCAGCGGUGAUGUGGCGAACGCUAACGUAAACAAAGUAUCAGACAUUGAAACAAGAGCAGCAUCACCGGAGUCAAUUCUACAACAACCAUCAGCUUCCCUUCUAAAUUGCUUUGACUGUGCUUUUCGGAAUGGUGUUAAAAUCCUUCGCAAAGAGAAAAAGCCUAGAAAACCAAAGGUUGCUUGCAAGGAUGAAGAACGCUGGCGUGUUAAGAGUGAGGGUGCUUUGUUCAAACGUUGGAAGCGUAAUAACUCUUCCGCGGAGAACACCUCCCCUGUCCCACCAGUAUCAGCCAGCCCAGCAUCGCAACCCUCAGAUCUGCUCAAAUUCUUAGCAAUUAAUGCAUUAGAGCUUUCAGCACCGGCAUCUGAUGCUUUGUUGAAAUCUCGUUCUUCGGAAUGGUUUCAACUGUCGGGACACCCCGGUUCCCUGGCACCUGCUGGCCCUGGAACAGUUUGGAAACGUCGCGCGGCGGGUGACCAUCCCGGACACAACCCUGAGCGCGACGCUUACGAAGCACUAGCAGCAUGCCCCCACAUGCGCACCGCGAUACCCCGCUAUUACCGUGAUUUGGAAUAUGACGGUGAACACUUCAUUGAACUGCAAGACCUCCUCCACGGGUUCCGUGAUCCACAUGUCAUGGAUGUUAAAAUGGGAACCCGGACAUUCCUCGAAGAUGAAGUUAGCAACGCUCGCGCCCGACAAGACCUUUAUGAGAAAAUGGUACGUGUAGACCCCAAUGCACCCACCGAAGAAGAGCAUGCUGCUAGAGCAGUCACCAAACUGCGAUACAUGCAGUUCCGUGAGCAGUGCUCAUCAUCAGCCCAGCAAGGCUUCCGCAUAGAAGCUGUUAAAGUCCCCGGCCAGCCACCACUUACUGACCUUCAGAAAGUACGUGAACCGGAACAACUUAAGGCUACUGUUGCUCGGUUCCUCGGUAACGAUAAGCGCGCCCAACGCGCCAUAGCAGCUCGAUUGCGUGAGAUAAGAAGUCUAUUUGAAAAAUCAGAAUUCUUCCGGGAACAUGAGAUUGUUGGCAGCAGCAUUUUCAUAAUCUACGACGAUGAGCGCGUGGGAGCUUGGCUGAUAGACUUUGCAAAGACGCGUCGCUUGCCGAAAGAUGUUAAAGUAACACAUAGAGAAGAAUGGCAGCAAGGUAAUCACGAAGAAGGUUUCUUAUACGGAUUAGAUAGAUUAAUAAAUACCAUAGAGGCAGCAGAACUUUCCGAAACAAUAAUUGAACCGGACGUAUCACGCUGA